UGGAGUUGUGCCAUUGUUGGAUGGCUUGUUCAAAGUUGCGUUCAACCAUUUGAGUAUAGUUGUAAUGGCUGACCCAAUAGCCAGAAGCCUGGAGUGCUGGUGCCCGCCAUAGCAAUCCCCAUCUAUGGUGAGAGGAAGAAUGGUCCUUAAUCUGUCUGUAAGGCUUCCUCACCCAACUUCCUUAUACUUGGCAUCCCCCAGCUAGAUUGAUGAGUUUUACACAAUAUAUGCAACACAAAAUAUGGCAACACAAAUAAUAUUUUAUUAACAAUGAUUCAUUCCUGUAAAAGUAUUUCCAUAGCACUCCCCAAAUAAACUUUUAUGAGAAAUAAAGGGGGCAAAGGCUCCUGCCCAGUUGAGGACCACUUCCUAAACCCCUCUCCGUCUCACCCUGUUCAUUCCCUGUUGAUGAUUUUGCUUUCCUCUCUUUCAAGUGCAACUCAUCGUUGGAACGUCUUUGCAUAGCCCCAUCCUGGAAGAAGCUCUGUGAUGUGUGGAUCGUGAGUUUGCUCAAGCAAAUUGGACUCUUUACAAGGAAUAGCUAGAUUUGAAGACUAGGAUGGAAGAGCCAGCACCAGUGGAAGGCCAGGGCCAGCUCCCAAGCCCCCACCAGGGCUCUCUGAGGAAAGCCAUGGCAGCUGCCCUGGCCCUUGAUGGGGAAUCCACACUGGGUCGCAGGAAAAAGAAGAAGAAAGAGUCCCGCCCAGAAUCUAUUAUCAUCUACCGGUCAGAGAGUGAGAAACUGGAUGAGGAGCCUGGGGAAUUAGAAGGUGGAGAUCAGCCUAAAGAGGAGGAGGGAGAUGAUUUCCUAGACUAUCCUGUGGAUGAUGGUAUGUGGAACAUGCCUGUGGACAGCCGCUAUGUCACAUUAACUGGGACCAUCACCCGAGGGAAGAAAAAGGGGCAGAUGGUGGAUAUCCAUGUCACGUUGACAGAGAAGGAGCUGCAGGAACUCACCAAGCCUAAAGUGUCUUCAAGGGAAAUGGCACCUGAAGGCAGAAAGGCCUGCCAGCUGGGAGCAGACCGUGGGCCCCACGUGGUCCUCUGGACGCUUGUCUGCCUGCCUGUGGUUUUCAUCCUCUCCUUCGUGGUCUCUUUCUACUAUGGCACCAUCACCUGGUACAAUAUCUUUCUUGUGUACAACGAGGAAAGGACCUUCUGGCACAAGAUCUCAUGUUGCCCCUGCCUCAUUCUCUUCUAUCCAGUGCUCAUCAUGGCCAUGGCCUCUUCCCUGGGCCUCUAUGCUGCCGUGGUCCAGCUCUCAUGGUCCUGGGGAGCAUGGUGGCAAGCUGCCCGGGACAUGGAGAAAGGCUUCUGUGGCUGGCUGUGCAGCAAGCUGGGUCUGGAAGACUGUUCUCCCUACAGCAUUGUGGAGCUGCUUGAAUCUGACAAUAUCUCAGGCAAUCUGUCCAACAAGGAUGCCACCCAGGAGGUAGAAACAUCCACUGUCUAAACUCCCAACAACUUACUUGAUUCUCUGGUCUCAGUAGCUGUAUAUCAUCUUCCAAUUUCAGAAUAUUCCUUCUUUAAAUUAUUCCUCCCCCGCCUUCCCCCGUACACAGUUCUUCUGGAAAAUUUUAGCUCACACUGAUCUGUCCUACCAUCUUGUUGGUUUCCAGGAGGGCAGAAAACAGAAAAGCAAUCUGUGCCCAGAUAGUCCAUCCAAUGGAUAAACUCUUCUUCAUUCCUUGACCUAAGAUGACCAUUUUUCUGAGACAAGGGAGCUCAGGUGUGUGUCAGUUCAGGAGCUUGGAGGUGUUCCUGGUGCCUGGAACCCAGGGGAGAUGUGACUAAAUGUGACAGGGAGAAUAAGGAGGCUCACGGGAGACCCAAGUCCACCAAUAAGAUAAUAGAUAGGGAUGGAGUGAAAUAUUUAAGAAGCAGGCUGCAACAGUGUAGCAGAAUGUAAAGAUAUGUGUGUAUCACUUAGAUUUUGAUUUAUAUAUUAAAUAUAAUUAAAAUCCAAAUAUCAGUAGUUUAAACAA